AAAGGAUAUAAACUGCAGUAAACAUUCGUUGCAUGUUAGUACAUAAAUUAUAAUUUUGUACCGUGAUUUUAUUAAAGUGGCGUACAUGUAAUUAGAAAUGGAGUUAAAAGAAGUUAUAACUGAGAUUCCGACAGUAGCGGCAAAGCUUCACGAUGACGAGGACUUGAGGGGCAUUAAUUGUCAUCAAACAGGUCAGAACAACGGCACAGUUAGAUCUAGAGUUAGUACGUUAAAAUUCUCGAACAAAACUAAUCACAUGAUGAACAUAACGCGAAGAACAAAAACGUGCGUUGACGCCAAUUUCGAUAAGAUUAUCGUACUAGGAAAAGUCGUGCUGGUUUUAGGUUAUUUUGUAUAUUUUGGUUUUGCACUGGCCUAUCAUAUCGGUGAUGAGGGAUCUUGGAGACUUGUUUGGUGUACAGCUUUAGGAGUAUGGAUAGCAUGCUGGGGACUACUGAAAAGGACAAAAUGUUAUACCGGUUGGUCAUUAGCCGUCGACAAAUUGUUUGCCGAGUAUUCGAAAGGGAGGCGAAGCUCUAUAUUUAGAUGGUGUUUGUAUUUCUUGAUGACAGCAUUUAUGGUUGUAUAUUUGAUACUAUUUGUGGCGAUAAAGACACCGGAAAAUCUCAAAUCUCUAAUUGGACUUUUUGUUUUUCCUUUUUUGAUGUUUCUAUAUUCUAAUAAUAGACGGAAGAUAAAUUGGCACACCAUUUACUGGUCGAUGGCUUUGCAAUUCGUUAUGGCAUUACUAAUUUUGAAGACGACUUGGGGUGCAAGUGCUAUACAAUGGUGCGGGGCUAGACUCAAAUCGUUAGUCGCGAACGGAAAGGCUGGAAGUGUAUUCAUAUUUGGUGAAAAAUAUGUAGACCAUCCAUUUGCAUUUGGCUCAAUGGUACAGGGUUUCGUAGUUAUCAUCGGCAUGUCCGUUUUAACCUACCUUGGGGUCAUCAAGUACAUUGUAGAAACUCUUGGUAGGGCACUUUCAUUCUGUAUAGGAACAUCUCCUUCCGAAGGAAUCAACGCAGUUGGUAAUAUGUUCUUGCACGUGCCUGAAUCUGUUAUGCUUAUACAAGAGUACUUACCGGAAAUGACGCCAUCACAGUUGUUCGUGACGUACGCAGGUGGCAUGGCAACCGUAGGUGGAUUGUCGUUAGUUAUAUUUAUGUCAUCAGGGGUUCCUGCCGCCCCACUUGUUGCUGCUUCAGCAAUGUCGGCACCAGCAGCUCUUGCCGCGGCAAAAUUGUGUUUUCCUUCACAUGAUGAAGAAGAGGUCCCUGUUCCAGCAGAAGACAAUAAUGAUACAAAGAAAGUCGCUUUUCUAAGACACCCUAAAUCUUUAAUGGACGCUAUCAUUCUCGGAAUUAAUCAGGGCGUGGCACUUGUUGUGCAGGCUGUUGCUUUCAUCAUGUCUUUCAUCAUCAUACUUGAGUUUGUCAACAACACAUUGACCUGGUUCGGUGAAAGAAUUGGUGUGGAAAAUAUGACUAUACAGUUUAUAUUUUCCUAUGUAUUUUAUCCGUUUGCAUUUCUAAUGGGGGCAAGGCCAGAAGAUUGUUUGUUCAUCGGGGAACUUUUAGGAAUACGGACCUUCAGUUUAGCUAUUGUGGCAUAUCCGAAGUUGGGUCCAAUAAUGAAGAAUGGCGUUGCCUAUAGAUCUUACAUAGCUGAAAGUGUAAACAAUACGUGGACGGCUGUUGGUAACGACAUAGUUCUAGAUAAAUUAAAUCAGACGUUAGUUGGCGGUGUUAUAGAUCCAAGAUCAGAAAUUAUUGCAACAUACGCCUUGUGCGGCUCAGCCUCGUUUGCAAUCAUGGGUCUUAUUAUAGGCUCAUUUGGAGUAAUUGUUCCAAACAGAAUAGGGGAAAUAACGAAUCAUAUUUUCAGGGCUAUGAUCGCUGGAACCGUGGCAAGUUAUCUCACUGCAUGUUUUGCAGGUUUAUUGUACGAGGAAGACUUGAAUGCAUAAUACUGAAAACUCAUUCGGUGAAAAUGCGAACAGUAUCAUACAUAAUCAUAUAACAUAAUACGAUAAAGUGAUAGUGUAAAUCACAAAUGCCAAAUUCAAUUCACACCAGCAGGUGUCAAGUGCCGUGUGGUAGCUGUAAAAAUUGUCCUAUACUUCACUUCAGUGUUGUUAUAUUUUUGUGGUACUUCGGGAUCAUUGAUUACAGAAAAUUGAAUACCGCUCAAGCCGGUGCUAAUGGGGCGUGAGGGAUGUUGCACUUUUUCAUUAUCCCUCACGCGCAGACUCAAUCAAAUCGGGACAGCAAUUUUUAUAUUAUUUGGUUGUGAGUUAUGCUUCCGAGGGAUCACACUUUUUCCAAAUUUAAUUCUAGAAAAUGCAUAUCAACAAACUGACAAAAAUUACGGCGGCCAUUGUCCGUGCAACCAUUUCAUACAUAAUCAUCAAAUUUAUGAAACGCAUUACCAUUUUUAAUCUCACAAAUCAACGAUGUCAACAUUUUGUUUCGAAAAACGCAUACAUUUAUUUAUAAUCUGAAAUGUCUCAUAUUUUAUCUUUCUUCACUUCAAACACUUGUUCGAAAUGUUAAAAUUCUUUAUUCUCAAUAAUCAGCGGCUAAAAGAUAAAUAAAAAAGAUUAAUCAA